UUACUAAAACAACACGAAAUCGCCCAUAGUAAUGUUAGGAAAUUUCAAAAACAACAGAAAGCACGACAUGCUACAAAAUUUACAAAAAUAAUUCGAUACCAACCUGGACCAUUUAAAGUACACAAAUGUUUGGAUAAAAGAGCUUAUGUGCUACAUAAUCAAUUUGGACAAUCUCUAAAAGAAGUAGUACAUGCUGAUCAACUCAAACCUUAUUUAUCACGACUUGAACCCCUAAAAAUUACAAAUUUUACCAUGGAUAAUCAACAAGUAGCCCUAUUAAAACUUGACCUAAUUAUGGUUGGAUUAUAUCCUAUUCAGCCUAUUGAAUAUCCGUAUCUACCUAAUGAAACUUGGUAUGAAGCUAUGAUUAAAGUCUACAAUGCCACUCAACGAGCUUCGCAACAAAAACAACGAAUUAAUGCAUUAGUAUAUGCAUUUUACAUGGGAAAACUUAUUGAAUCGUCUGUUACUCCUCGUACUAAAUGGAUGGAAUUUGUCCGUCAAAAGUUUAUUUUAAAUGAGAAGUUUAUUUAUAAUGGAGUAACCCGAGUAUAUCAACUAUUCUUGACAAAUCCUGAUCAAAUUUAUUAUACUCAAGAAAUAACAUUUAGAAAAAUUGCUCAUUUAAAUAAUCGACAAUUUAAAGAGAUGUGUGAGUUUAAGGAAAGUUCCAAAAGGAACUUUGAAAUUUAG